AUGAAUUUCUCAUUAUCAGUAAGAGCAGAACAACAAAAUAGACGUUUGUCGCGAGGUUAUACCUUAAAAAAUAAUAAUAUUUCAACAGGCCUUCUCGGAGUUUCCAGUUCAAAUGAUUCUUUUAUUCUGGAUUGCUUUGAAACGCCCUUAAUAGAAUUAGAAAAAUCUUUCAAUAGUUUAUUAGAGAAUUUUGAAAAUAUUAAAAAAGUUCAAGAAUCUUUGAAUGAAUUUAAUAAAGCUUUUUCUGGAUUCUUAUAUGGCAUUAAAAUGAAUGCUCAUUGCGUUGAAUUUUCCGAGGCUCCAACAAAGGAAGCGAUUACCUCUUUCAUUAACAGACGGGUGAGCUUACAAACGAAAAAUACAACACCACGAAUGAAAACACCUACACAUCAAUUACAAUCAAACAAAAAAGUUGAAGAGCAAAAAAAUCUUGAAACUUCUACAAAAUCACAAAAAUCCCAAGUUGAGAUUCUUGAAACAAAAAAUUUCAAAACCCCUACCAAAGUACUACAAAAACCACGUAGAAGAAAGAUUAAUAAACAAAUGGAAAUCAAGGCUGUGAUUAAGAGGAUUGUUGACACUUUACCACAGAAAUAUCGCGAGAAACAGCAAGCAAACCGUGGAAAUGUCGAAGCGAUCCUUAAACUCGUGUGUUCAAAACCAAAUGAUGGAUUGUAUAUGGAAGAAAUCAUUAAACGUACAAAUUUAACCCGAUUUAGAUGUUGGGAAUAUCUUAACAUUUUGGUUAACGGUAAUCAUGUGAUUAAAAUUAGUAAGAAAGGCCAAAUGUUUAAAUUAGAUCCUAUAAAGUAUGCCAAUUUUAUUCAUUUAAUGAGUCUCUGA